AUGGUAGCCCUGUACUCGAGGUGGGUAACGCAGGAUGUUAAUUGCCCACUGUGUCAUCAAACUCCAGAGACUAUUCAGCACAUCUUCUGUGAGUGUAGUUGUGUUGCUGCAGUUUGGUCUGAUUUUGCUGGGUUCCCGUUUGCUAAUGGUGUGAAUAAAUUUACAUCUUGGAUGGCAGGGUUGGUUACGAAUGGAAAUACAGACACUGUGCUGCAAGUUCUGGCUAAGUGUUGGUGCAUUUGGAGAGGACGUAAUGAGGUGGUGUGGAAUUCUAAACCGUGGCUGCCCAUGUCUAUUAAAAUGGAGGCUAGCCUUUUCUAUUAUGAGUGGCAGGUAUUAGUAACUUCAACCAACAAUAUACAGAGCAUUACUCCUCCUUUAAUUUUGCAACCAAGUUGUCCACAAGGUGUACUAAAAAUAUACGUGGAUGCAACUGUGUUCAAUGAUUCUGAUGUUGGCUAUUUUGGCAUGGUGUUCUUAGAUUCAAUGGAGUUUUUGUUGCUGCCAAAAAUGGAAGUUUUCGCUGCAUGA